GUCAGUGGAAUCAGUCGACGACGCGACCUCAAAGUGUGCAGUUCAAGUACCUAGAGACAAUUAGUGAAAGAACCAGCAACGGGAGCAGCAGUCAAAGAUGUCACAGCAGCAAACGCAGUUAAUGCUAGACAAUAACAAGGAGAAGGCGCAACAGCAAACGGAACAGUGGGGCAAUGGCUUGGAGUUCCUCUUCUCCUGCAUCUCCUUGUCCGUGGGCUUAGGCAAUAUCUGGCGCUUUCCCUAUAUCGCCUUUCAAAAUGGCGGCGGCACCUUUGUGAUACCCUACUUAAUAGCACUGCUCGUAAUUGGACGACCCGUCUACUAUUUGGAGAUCUCUCUGGGCCAGUUUCGCGGCGGCGGCGUGUUGCGCGCCUUCGAUUUGGCGCCCUUGUUAAAGGGCGUGGCUGCCGGACAGGUGCUGGCCACAGGCGCCUCCAUCACCUACUAUUCGAGCAUUAUGGCAUUAACACUGCGUUUCCUGCUAGCUUCGUUUAGUGCGGUGCUGCCCUGGAGCAGCUGCCGCGAGAGCUGGGGCAGCGAUUGCUACGAUGGUGGCUCGGUAAAUGCCACUGGUAAAAUGUCACCCGCGCAGCUGUACUUUGAAUGUAUUUUGAAAGACAGAACGAUUUCCCAACAAUUUCACAUUUCAUUAGACAAUUAUAACAACCAUAUUAAUGGGAUUCAAUUGUGGUCUAUACGCUCAUCCCAAUACAGGCGUGAGAUUCUCCAUGAGCUGCCCAAUAUUGACCAAGGUCUGGGUCUGCCGAAUUGGCAGCUGGUGGCCUGUUUGGCCGUGGCUUGGCUCAUCAUAGGCGGAGUGCUGAUACGCGGCAUUAAGAGCAGCGGCAAGGCCGCCUACUUUUUGGGCGUGUUUCCGUAUGUGGUGCUGCUGUUGCUGCUGCUGCGCGCCGUGACGCUGCCCGGCGCCUGGGAUGGCAUUGUGUACUUCUUCAAGCCACAAUGGCGAGAGCUGCUCAAUCCGCUCGUUUGGUAUGCAGCUGUUACCCAGGUGUUCUUCUCGCUGGCCAUUUGCUUUGGCACCGUGAUAACCUAUGCCUCCUACAACAAUUUCAACAAGAAUGUGUACAACGACAUUGUUAUCAUCACCACAAUGGACUCGUGCUCCUCAAUAAUUGCCGGCUGCAUUACCUUUGGCAUUUUGGGUAAUUUGGCCAAACAGACGGGCAUUACGGACAUUGGCAGCGUGGUGAAGGGCGGCACUGGUUUGGCCUUCAUCUCCUAUCCAGAGGCCAUUGCCAAGUUUGAAUAUGUACCACAGAUGUUUGCGGUCCUUUUCUUUCUCAUGCUCUUUGUCCUAGGCAUUGGCAGCACCGUCGGCAUGGGCUCCUGCAUAUUGCGCGUCAUCCGCGACCAAUUUGGCAAGCGGGCGGGUCCCAGCUGGGCCCUCGCUGGCGCACUGGCUGCGCUGGGCUUCGGUGUGAGCAUCGUGUAUGUGACACCCGGUGGGCAGUUUAUAGUCAAUCUGAUCGAUUUCUAUGGCGUUUCCUUCACUGCGCUUAUACUCGCCAUCGGCGAGCUGCUGGCCGUGGCCUGGUUCUAUGGCGUACGUCGCUUCUGCGCUGAUAUCAAAUUCAUGAUGGGCAUUGAGACGGGCUGGUAUUGGCGUCUAUGCUGGACCUACAUUACGCCUGGCCUGAUGGCCGCUGUCCUGCUCUACACGCUGCUCAACAUGAACGAAUUGACGUACAAGGGCGUUGCAUAUCCUCAUAUAGCGCAUGUCUUUGGCUAUUUCUUAGCUGGAUUAGGUCUGUUGCAAUUACCCGGCUGGGCCUUGUAUGCAUUCUACAAGCAGCGCAAAACGGAAGGCAGCUUCUGGGAGCGUCUUUGCGCUGCCAGCAGACCAGCUGAGUCUUGGGCACCCGCCAUCGCACAAAUGCCACAGGACUAGAUGCGUGCAAAAUUGCUAUUGGCUGACGCAGCGUAUACGCUAUGUGUUUAGAGCAUGUGUCAAGUGCAUGCGCAAGUGUUUAGACUAGAUUGUUUAUAGAGUACGAAAAAUAAAAGCUUUAAAUGUAGAGAACAAAAACCAAA